GAAACAACUCGGUGAACUUCCCAAAGGUGUAUCAUUAUGGUAAAAGGUGGAAAGCGAUAUUCUUCAAUGAGCAAUGAUGGCAAAUGGUUUGCUCAUCCAGCUCUACCAGAAAGUGGGCCAGAGAAUCGUGAGACUUGUACAAGCACGGGGAUCAUGCUGAGUCAGGUCAAAUCAGCUUUACCUCAGGCUUUGAACUUGGAGCGCUUUCCUAAAUGGAAAACUCAGCAGGAUUUAAGAGAGUUUCCACACUCAGACCAUGACAACAAGCAUGCAUUAAAAGACGACAUCUCUGUUUUCAAUCAAGGUGUGGGACGCAGGAAGUGUCCUUACAAUGAAAGACAGUACAACUCCCACUUCUGCCUGUGCCAUGAUGGAGGUGACCGCAGCACUGAAGAGACUUGGAGGAACACCAAUACUGUCUACAAGACUGACUUUUUGUUGGAGCAGGCGGAUAAUGGUCCAACAACCUACAGAAGGUUCCCAAGAAACCACAAGCAGAAGUCUUUGGCACAGGCAGGGGAACAGUACAUGUGGUUCGGGAGGCAUGACUGUCGUCCCACAGAGACCCAUUGAGUGCUGGGAGAGGCCACCUGCGGAGCACCUUUUAAGCUUUAAGAUACUCCUUCAUUCACAACCUUUUAGAUGGAUUUGUUAGGACGGCUAACCACAUUCUUUGGGAAAUAAAAAACUGAAUUGGAAACAUCUGUUAGAAUUUUGUCUAGUUUUGAGAGGAGUAUCCAGACAGGAACAAUAGACUAAUUCAUCCAUAUUAAAUUUGAAAAUCUUAUUUUAUUAGGCUAUUAUGAUUUGUUAUUUUGCCACAGAAAAGAACACAAUAGGAUGCAAUU